UUCUGUAUGCUGUUUCAUUCUCAGAUGCUACAAAGCCAGGAAUAGGCCAGUUGAAGCUAGUAGCCAGAGACUCCAUUCAGGUCUCCCGUAUGGGUAGCAGGAUCCCCAGUACUUGGGCCAUCAGUCGCUGCCUCCAGAUGCAUUAGCAGGAAGCUGCAUCGGAAGUGUGAAGUGAUUGCGAGUUGAACCAGGCACUCCGUGUGGCAGCCAAGCACCUGCCCUACUCUGAGCUGCAUUAAAAUCAAGGUGUACCUAGUGCAGGACACUGCUUUCCUCUGCAAUUUUCUGAAGGAGGUGUCAGCCAAGGUCAUCUUGCUGCUCAUUCUGAGACAAAAGGGCAUUAGAAAGCCCCUAGGAAAGCAGAUGCUGUGGCACAGCUACUUAAAAAAAACCCCAAAGAAGUAAUUCCUAGAGAUCAUAUGUAAAUUGAAAUCAGCUUUCAUUAGAGAUCUAAGCACUGAGAUGAGAGGCGGACAGUCAGUUCUCCAGAGCUUAUAGAGUUGGCUCCAGCUCACCACUGGAUGAAUCACACAUACUGAGAGAAUCUGCUGCAGCAACAGUCCCCUCUGUUUGACUUCAUGUGAAAGAUGGCUAAUGCGGAAGUGAGUGUCCCAGUGGGGGAUGUGGUUGUGGUACCCACCGAAGGAAAUGAGGGAGAGAACCCUGAAGACACUAAAACCCAGGUGAUCUUGCAGUUGCAACCUGUGCAGCAAGGUUUGUUUAUCGAUGGACACUUUUACAACAGGAUUUAUGAAGCUGGGUCGGAAAACAACACGGCAGUUGUAGCAGUAGAAACGCACACGAUACACAAAAUUGAAGAAGGGAUUGAUGCCAGCACUAUAGAAGCAAAUGAGGAUAUGGAAAUUGCUUAUCCCAUAACUUGUGGGGAGAGCAAAGCCAUCCUUCUUUGGAAGAAGUUUGUAUGUCCUGGAAUAAAUGUGAAGUGUGUCAAGUUCAAUGAUCAGUUGAUCAGCCCCAAGCAUUUUGUUCAUCUGGCGGGCAAAUCCACCUUGAAGGACUGGAAGAGAGCCAUUCGUCUGGGUGGCAUCAUGCUCAGGAAAAUGAUGGACUCUGGACAGAUUGACUUUUACCAGCAUGACAAAGUUUGCUCCAAUACCUGCAGAAGCACCAAGUUUGAUCUUCUGAUCAGCAGUGCAAGAGCUCCAGUGCCAGGACAGCAGACAAGUGUGGUGCAGACACCCACCUCGGCUGAUGGUAGCAUCACACAGAUUGCCAUCUCAGAGGAGAGCAUGGAAGAAGCAGGGCUGGAGUGGAACUCGGCCCUCACCGCUGCUGUUACCAUGGCCACAGAGGAGGGUGUAAAGAAAGACUCAGAGGAAAUUUCAGAGGACACGCUGAUGUUCUGGAAAGGAAUAGCUGACGUGGGGCUGAUGGAGGAGGUUGUCUGCAAUAUCCAGAAGGAAAUCGAGGAGCUUCUCAGGGGAGUCCAGCAGCGGCUCGUCCAGACACCCUUGCAGGUCACAGAUGCUGCUGUUCUCAACAAUGUAGCACAUACCUUUGGCUUGAUGGACACAGUCAAGAAGGUUUUAGAUAACAGAAGGAACCAAGUCGAGCAAGGGGAGGAACAGUUUCUCUUCACUCUGACAGACUUGGAACGCCAGUUGGAGGAGCAGAAGAAGCAAGCUCGGGAUCAUCGGCUGAAAUCCCAGUCAGUUCAGAAUGUGGUCCUGAUGCCCGUGAGCACCCCUAAACCCCCCAAGCGGCCCCGGCUGCAGCGGCCCGCCUCGACCACCGUCCUCAGCCCCUCUCCUCCUGUUCAGCAGCCUCAAUUCACGGUCCUAUCGCCCAUCACCAUCACGCCAGUGGGCCAGUCGUUUUCCAUGGGCAAUAUUCCAGUGGCCACUCUCAGCCAGGGCUCCAGUCCUGUGACUGUCCACACGCUGCCUUCUGGCCCUCAGCUCUUCCGUUACGCCACCGUGGUUUCCUCUGCCAAGAGUAACUCACCUGACACAGUGACCAUCCACCCUUCUUCUAGCUUGGCACUGCUGAGCUCUACCACUAUGCAGGAUGGGAGUCCCCUGGGCAACAUGACCACCAUGGUGAGCCCCGUGGAGCUGGUGGCCAUGGAGUCUGGCCUGACCUCAGCAAUCCAGGCUGUUGAAAGCACUUCCGAGGACGGGCAGACCAUCAUUGAGAUUGACCCAGCCCCCGACCCGGAGGCUGAUGGUACUGAGGGCAAAGCGGUCAUCUUGGAGACCGAGCUGAGGACUGAGGAGAAAGUUGUGGCCGAGAUGGAAGAACACCAGCAUCAAGUCCACAAUGUGGAGAUUGUGGUCUUGGAGGAUUGACUGGGGAACUGGGGCCAGCAGAUAGGUUUUGGUUUGAAAUUUUAAUUAUUUGUUUAUUUUUAUCAUUGUCCCAUUCAUUUCCAAAUAGGCGCCUCCUUAUUUUU